UGUCAGUUUGUUUGGAGAACCGUUAUUCUCUAUUUGAUACAGAGUCCUCAUGACAGCAGCAGUGCGGAGUGCCAAUGUGGGUGUUUCAUGACGCGCGCGCGUCAAAUACAGGUGUCCAUUAACCACCGCGCGCACCAUGACCUCGAGGAAUGACGCGGAACUCGAAAUGCUUUCUGUUUAUCCAGGUAAACAUUAGUGAAGACAGGAAAGAACACGCUCAUCUACGAACAAAUCUGCUGUUAAUAUUCUGUGCCACUGACAACUACCGCAACUUUAUGUGGAUUGAGUCACGUCCAGUCCAUUAAAACGGUGUCACGCGUCUGAAAAUGAACUCUUCGUGACUGGAAGACGUUUAUCAUCGUGACUGCCGAUGUCCUCUGGAGAUCUGAAGAGCCCUGAUCUGGUCAGCAGAGGAUCACAACACAGGAGGAGACCCAGGCACUGUGAGACUUUAGCAUUCCCUCAUUGCACCAGCUGUCAGGAAAAGAGCAUCUGCAAAUAUUCAUUUCUUCUUGUACAAGAGGCCCUGGCAGACUGUCGGAAAGUGCCUCUUCAGUUUCCCUUUUGCAUUAUAUCGGAAAUCUUGCAUUUUCAUGAACCACAAUUCAAACUGACCUCUGGUUAACUUUGAGAAAAUGAGAUCAGCAAACACUUGGAUAGACUCUUAAUGGUUUUAAACUACAGGAUUUGUAGAAAUAUGGUAGCUAUGAGACUUGGUGAGUGAACUCCACAACAAAGUAGACUUCAAAUCCUCCCACUGGAUCCUGGAGGGCACAAACCUCAUCAAGGUGAUAAUCAUGGUGAUGUCGCAGGGCACCUAUACGUUUCUGGCGUGCUUUGCCGGCUUCUGGCUGAUCUGGGCUCUCAUUGUCAUGCUUUGCUGCUUUUGCAGCUUCGCCCAGCGCAAGCUGAAGCGCCGACGUGAAGAGAGGCUGAGGGAACAGUGCCUACGGGCGCUGGAGAUGGAGCCUUUGGAGUGCACUGGAGGGGGAUAUCCUCCCAGGGAGCCCCCUCAGUUCUCCCCACCCAUUCAAAUGAUAUCUUCACAGCUGCCUGUAACACACAGUCUCCCUCAGGCAAGCUGGACUAUCCCUGAAGCAGACACAGAUGUCUUUGGAAAACCUCCCUGCUACGAAGAGGCUGUAUUAAUGGAGGACCCACCGCCCCCUUACAGUGAGGUUCUGGCGGACCCCAGGGGAGGAACUUACACCAAACCUUCAUCCAGGUCCUCCAGGGAGCACCAGGAGUCCGAGACCAGCAAGAUGGCCCCUGUGACUGUGUUCCCAGAACGUGGCUACUCCUCCCUAAUACGCCUACCUUCGGCCAGAUGCUGGGACUCACUGGGGCACCUCCUGUCCACCAUGGACCUUAACCACAACAACCUGCCAGUUGAGCCUCAGGCCUCUGCCAUUGCCACCAUGCCUCGUGAGGGCCGGACUCACACAGACUUGGGGCUGCGGGGACUCCGUGGUCUGGAUCAACACUAUGGUUUGCCCACAGCCAUUCCCCUUUUGGGUCGAAGCACAGCGCUCUCCGUGGCAUCUCCACCUGAUGCAGAGCAGCAGCUAUUAUGUGAAUUCUGUUGCCAUGGCUCCCGGGAGCUGUCUGCAGCCCACCAACACCUCACCCCUCACAUCAUCUCUUCUUCCUUUCUAGUCUGCAGCUCACUGAUAUAAUACAAAUGACAUUUCAAACCCUUUGUUUGUGACAUGGGGUAAAAUACAGAAGUGCGACAUGGUGAAAUGACAGUGGUAGGUCCGUACUGUAGCUACACAAUGCUGCUCAGCUGUACAAAAAUGUUUCAUAAACUGGGAAACAAUACCUGGCAUCUCUUUCUGGAUUUUCUGCCAGUUCUUUUCUCGAGAAGGAGUCUGAACUUUGGGGGUGGACGGAAAAGCUUCAAAGUAAUCACAAAUCCUCAAAAGGAAGCUGGCUGAAGAAUUGCGAUUUUUGAAACAUGUCUGUAGUGUCAAAAAAAAGUUGUCUCUCACAGCUUAAAGGGGUCAUGAGCUGCCUUUUUAAAUUACUUUGCACUGUUCUCUGAGAUCCCUUACUAAGAUUUUUACAUCAAAAAAAAUAUUUAGAAGUUAAUAGGCUGUUUUCUGUCAUGUUUUAACCCCCCUCAUCAGAACGCUCUGUUUGAAUAGGCGUUGCAGAGUGUAGACUGUAAAGUAAACAGCUACUGUGAUUGGCUAACACUUGUGUAUGUUUACAUCCUUUAUAGAUGAAUGAUGCUGUGAUUUAGGUUAAAAAAACAUAAAUACUCAGUACAUAUCAAACAACCUCAGACAAAGCAAUAUUGACCAUGUAAUGAAAACAGUUACUCACACUUGUGUGGUGAGACAUUACUGUCAAAUCAAAUAAAGUUGGCACAUCAGUC